UGUGCCUCGACGAGGCAGCAGCACAAGACUACAUGUGGCGUUCAUGUUAUACAUUUCAGAGGACGACACCAAGCUUGAUUUGUUCUUGGCCUUCAGUUAACUGUGGAAGAUAACAGUGUGAUGGAAUCAGAAUAGCUCGAUCGUACGUCGGCUCAGACCACCUUAAAGCUGAAGGCUUUGUGUCAACAGCAGUUUGCGUGUGUACGCGAAAAAAAUCAAGGGAUAUCUGCAACAUUCAUUACUGGAACAUGCAGCGUAUUCGGAUCACCGGUGUGAAUGAGAAAAGACACAUCAUUUGCAUGCUGACCGGCUGCCUUUAUAAAACGCUCAACACCUCCUCCCUCCUCCACUCAUCAACAUCAGCAUAGUCUAAUAGCGAAAGGCACCUUUGACAAGCAAAUGGCGAUCGGCAUGACGGGUUUGGUGAAGAAGUUUUUAGCCUGCGGCGGCAGGAACUUCCGGAGCGGGCUACUGGAGGGCCACAUAUGGGUGUGCGUGGGCACGGAGGCGGCGGCGGCGCGGAGGCUGGAGGUGGAGGCGAACUACCUCAACCACCCGCUGUUGGAGGACCUGCUGCGGCUGUCGGUGCCAGAGUUCGGGUACUCGUACGAGGGGGCGCUGCGGAUCGCCUGCGACAUCGACUUCUUUCUGUACUUGCUCGAUCUGCUGAGGAGCAGCGACCCCGCCGUCCACUACAUGGAGCUCCGGGAUCUGAUGGCCGCCUUCUACGUCUCGGCUGGCGGUAGCAGACAACACCACCCAAGUUACCACCACCAGCAGCAGAUGCUGCUGCUGCUGCAGCAGCUCUGAUUCUAAUUUUCCUCAAGACAAAAGGGGAAAAAAUGAUUCUUUUCUUCUGUUUGACUUGAUUCAUUUCUUUUUUCUACCAAUAUAUAUAUAUAUAUAUAUAUAUAUAUAUAUAUAUAUAUAUCGCUCUUGAAGAAGAGUAAUUGACUACUUGCAUUUGCAUGUUUUAAAGCCCAUGAGUUGACAUUGGGCCCUUCAUGUUCGUUUGUACAAAGGAAGGGAUACUGAUUGAAUGAAACAGUUGGUGGCACUUCUUUUC